AUGGCUGAAAUUCUUCUUACAGCAAUCAUCAAUAAAUCCGUAGAAAUAGCUGGAAAUCUACUCUUACAAGAAGGGAGCCGCUUGAAUUGGCUGAAAGAGGACAUUGAUUGGCUCCAGAGAGAAAUGAGACACAUUCGAUCUUACAUACAUGACGCAAAGGAUAAGGCAAUUGGAGGCAAUUCAAGGGUGAAAAACUUGAUAAAAGACAUUCAAGAGCUCACAGGUGAUGUGGAUGAUCUCUUAGAUGAGUUCCUUCCGAAAAUUCAACAAUCCAAUAAGUGCAAAGGCUCAAUUUGUCGGCUUAAGACUGCUUGCAUCCCUUCUCAUGCUUCUUUUGUCGAUGAGUUUGCUAUCGAGAUUGAGAAGGUAAAUAAAAGGGUUGCUGACAUUGACCGUGUAAGGACAACUUACAACAUCAUGGAUACAAGUAAUAACAAUAAUGAUUGCAUUCCAUUGGACCAAAGAAGAUUAUUUCUUCAUGCUGAUGAAACAGAGGUCAUCGGUUUGGAUGAUGACUUCAAUAAGCUACAAGCCAAAUUACUUGAUCAAGAUUUGCCUUAUGGAGUUGUUUCAAUAGUUGGCAUGCCCGGUUUGGGAAAAACAACUCUUGCCAAGAAACUUUAUAAGCAUGUCCGUGAUCAAUUUGAGUGUUCGGGACUAGUCUAUGUUUCACAACAGCCAAGGGCGGGAGAAAUCUUACAUGACACAGCCAAACAAGUUGGAGUGACGGAAGAGGAAAGGAAAGAUAACUUGGAGGGCAACCUAAGAUCACUAUUGAAAAGAAAAAGGUAUGUUAUCCUCCUAGAUGAUAUUUGGGAUGUUGAAAUUUGGAAUUAUCUAAAACUUGUUCUUCCUGAAUAUGAUUCAAAAAUUGGCAGUAGGAUAAUUAUCACUUCUCGAAAUAGUAACGUAGGCAGAUAUAUAGGAGGAGAUUUCUCAGUCCACGUGUUGCAACCUUUAGAUUCAGAGAACAACUUUGAACUCUUUAGCAAGAAAAUCUUUAAUUUUGAUAAUAACAAUAGUUGGGCUAAUGCUUCACCUGACUUAGUAAAUAUUGGUAGAAGUAUAGUUGGUAGAUGUGGUGGUGUACCACUAGCCAUUGUGGUGGCUCCAGGCAUGUUAAGGGCAAGAGAAAGAACGGGACAUGCAUGGAACAGAGUACUUGAGAGUAUGGGCCAUAAAGUUCAAGAUGGAUGUGCUAAGGUAUUGGCUCUGAGUUACAAUGAUUUGUCCAUUGCAUUAAGGCCAUGUUUCUUGUACUUUGGUCUUUACCCCGAGGAUCAUGAAAUUCGUGCUUUUGAUCUAACAAAUAUGUGGAUUGCUGAGAAGUUGAUAGUUGUAAAUAGUGGUAAUAGGCGAGAGGCUGAAAGUUUGGCAGAGGAUAUCCUAAAUGAUUUGGUUUCUAGAAACUUAAUUCAAGUUGCCAAAAUGGCAUAUGAUGGAAAAAUCUCAAGUUGUCGCAUACAUGACUUGUUACAUAGUUUGUGUGUGGACUUGGCUAAGGAAAGUAACUUCUUUCACACGGAGCACAAUGCAAUUGGUGAUCCCGACAAUGUUGCUAGGGUGCGAAGGAUUACAUUCUAUUCUGAUGAUAAUGCCAUGAAUGAGUUCUUCCAUUUAAAUCCUAAGCCUACGAAGCUUCGUUCACUUUUCUGUUUCACAAAAGACUGUUGCAUAUUUUCUCAAAUGGCUCAUUUUAACUUCAAAUUAUUACAAGUGUUGGUUGUAGUCACGUCUCGAGAUUAUUAUCAGCAUGUUACUUUCCCAAAAAAAAUUGGGAACAUGAAUUGCCUACGCUAUGUGCGAUUGGAGGGGAGAAUUAGAGUAAAAUUGCCAAAUAGUAUUGUCAAGCUCAAAUGUCUAGAGACCCUGGAUAUAUUUCAUAGCUAUAGUAAACUUCCUUUUGGUGUUUGGGAGUCUAAAAAAUUGAGACAUCUUUGUUACACAAAAGAAUUAUACUGUGUCUUUUUUGUAAGUCCAUUUUACCGAAUCAUGCCUCCUAAUAAUCUACAAACUUUGAUGUGGGUGGAUGAUAAAUUUUGUGAACCGAGAUUGUUGCACCGAUUGAUAAAUUUAAGAACAUUGUGUAUAAGGGAUGUAUCCGGUUCUACCAUUAAGAUAUUAUCAGCAUUGAGCCCUGUGCCUAAAGCGUUGGCGGUUCUGAAGCUCAGAUUUUUCAAGAACACGAGUGAGCAAAUAAACUUGUCGUCCCAUCCAAAUAUUGUCGAGUUGGGUUUGUUUGGUUUCUCAGCAAUGCUCUUGAACAUUGAAGCAUUCCCUCCAAAUCUUGUCAAGCUUAAUCUUGUCGGCUUGAUGGUAGACGGUCAUCUAUUGGCAGUGCUUAAGAAAUUGCCCAAAUUAAGGAAACUUACAUUGCUUAGGUGCAGACAUGAUGCAGAAAAAAUGGAUCUCUCUGGUGAUAGCUUUCCGCAACUUGAAGUUUUACAUAUUGAGGAUGCACAUGGGUUGUCUGAAGUAACGUGCAUGGAUGAUAUGAGUAUGCCUAAAUUGAAAAAGCUAUUACUUGUACAAGGCCCAAUCAUUUCCCCAAUUAGUCUCAGGGUCUCGGAACGGCUUGCAAAGUUGAGAAUAUAA